AUGGUGAGGAGGGGAAACCUGAGGUUGAAAAACCUAAAACUUGCUCGGAGCAACGUGAGCAACGUAAAACUUGACAGUCGUUCGAUAAGUAAAGAAAAUGAAAGAAAGAAAAAGGAGGAAAAGCAGAAACGCUUAAAAAUGUAUAGGAAGAAAGCGGAUUUAAAAAAAAUGAACAAAAAAAUUAACGAAGUAAGAAGAAUAGAACCCAAUAUAAAAUGGUUUAACAAUUCACGAAUUAUUAGUCAGAAUAAAUUGGAAAUUUUUCGAAAUAAAUUAGAAGAAUGUACACAUGACCCAUUCAGUAUUGUUAUUAAAAGGUCAAAAAUACCAUUUGAAUUGUUAAAGGAUGAAAAGGAUUGUGUAACCAAAAAAUAUAAAAAUGAAAAUUUGUUAAGAAUUGAAAAUUAUAAUGAUGUAUUUAGUAAAAAAAAAAAAAGAAAAAAACCAAAAUUAAAUGUAUGUACUAUGGAAGAAUUUGCAAAUAAUGCUAAAAGGAAAUUGUGCAAAUACGAAACAGAAAAAGAUACAUCCCUAGUUGAAAAAAAAGAAAAAAAUAAAAAUAAAGAAAGAGAAAAAAAAUAUAGUAGAGAUGAAUUAUUAAAAAUAGGUCAAUCCAAAAGAAUAUGGACUGAGUUAUAUAAAGUAAUAGACAGUUCAGACAUUAUAUUAGAAGUAUUAGAUGCAAGAGAUCCAGUUGGAACAAGAUGUAAAAGAGUAGAACAAAAUAUUAAAAAACAUAGAUCAAAUAAACAUAUUAUUUUACUUAUUAACAAAAUUGAUUUAAUACCUACAUCAGUAGCAGAGAAAUGGAUAAAGCUUCUUUCAAAAGAAUAUCCCACUAUUGCAUAUCAUGCAAGUAUUAAUAAACCAUUUGGAAAAGAUGAUUUAUUUAAUAUUAUUAGACAGUUUUCUCAAUUUUAUAAAAAUCAAAAAAAGAAGCAUAUUCAUAUAGGUUUAAUAGGUUAUCCAAAUGUAGGCAAAAGUGCUAUAAUUAAUUCACUAAAAAAAAAAGUUGUUUGUGUGUCAGCUUCUGUACCAGGUCAAACUAAAUAUUGGCAAUUCAUAAAGUUGACUACUAAGAUAUAUUUAAUUGAUUCUCCAGGAAUUGUACCAUACAAUAUUGAAGAUUCUGAUAAAAUUAUUAGGAAUACUAUGAGACUUGAAAAAAUUACCAACCCACAUUUUUAUAUUGAUGAUAUUUUAAAAAUUGUUAACAAAAAAUAUAUAUUAAAUAUUUAUAAACUACCACAAGACUUAACAUUCGAAAAUUCAGAGGAGUUCCUUGAAAUUUUGGCCAAAAAAAUGGGAAAGCUUCUAAAGGGUGGACAACCUGAUAUCACCGCUGCUUCGAAAAUUAUCAUAAGUGACUGGAUCAAAGGAAAGAUCCCCUACUUCGUCAACCCAGACACGUACUUAAGGGAAGGCAGUGGAGAAAAGCAGAUAGGAGUUGAGGAGGGAGAAUCGGAGGAAUUUGACAAAUGCAACGAAAGUAACGGGGAGAAAUAUGUGGAGGACAAAUGA